ACUGAGUUGUGUAACUACAAAGAACAGAUGCUUGUGUAUAUCUGUAUGUGUAGCCCUGUAUGUAUUAUUUUCAACAUAGCACGUGUGUCUAACAGUUUGUAUGUAAUUUAUAUGUAAAGUGCGAAAGCAGCAUAACAAAUUUAUACUCGUAUAACCAGUGAGCUCUAUAUAUACUCGAGUGAGCCUUUAUAGGUUUAGUGUAUAUAAGAGAUCCAUGACCGGUCUAACACAACAACUGCAGUAUGUAUAGAGCUCAUUCCGUAUAGUAUUGAAUGAAAAUACAAAGAUGAAACAAAAGUUUAAAGCGGUUAUUGAAGAUGUUGCUGUGGAGACAACCAAAGUUCAACCAAUAAUUGUGGAUUUCCAAAAUGGUGAACUGAAAGAUGAAGAAGUUAAAAGCAUGUCUUGUGGUGUAUUUCACGAUCAAAUAAAAGACAAAACUGUAUUGGCGUUGUCAAAUGGGCAAAUGGUUUACAAAGGUUAUAAACCAAACCCUAAGAAACAGCUAACACGAAAAAUGCUAGUACUUCACAAUAAAAACACAGGCAAAAUACGACUGAUUGAAGCAGAACUGUGGGAUGUAACUCCAGUACUCCAAAAACCAGUUAUUGAAGAGAAUACGAAUAAUGUAGACGAUAAAAUUGCAAUAUUAAACAAGCAAUUUGGAUCAAAGAAAGUUAAACGUAGAACUGAACAAUAUGAAAAGUUAAAAAUGAAUGUUGAUUCUGUCAAAGAUCAACUUGAAAAGACUGUAUCAAAUAUUGAGGUCGACCGAAAAGAUUUGUCUACUGAAGUACCCACUGAAUAUAUCACAAAUACAAAUCUGCCAACAUGCAAUAGGGAGGCAACUAAUGUUAAAGAUGUGUACAAUAUAUAUGAUAUUGUACCAAAGAGUAAAUUGGAAACAUUAUAUGACCAAGCAAUGGAAAUUCUUAAAGGAGCUAUAGAGGGAAAACCCAAAUUCUUCACUCGCACUCUAAGGACUAUACAAUCAGAUCCCGAUAAUGUAAACAAAGUUGCCUUAUUGUUGUAUAUCGAAACUGUUAAUGCGUGGUUCACCAUGCCGAUGAAAGAGGCGAAGAAACGUGACAUUGUGAUAUGUCCGGUUUCCGAAGAGAUGAACGCGCACAUCAUUAAUACGUACAGCAUUUCAAGCGCGAGCGGACGACUAAGGCCGAAUACUGUGAAGGACAAAGCUAUUAUACACUGCUUGAUACUCGCGCUGACAAUAUCGAACUACAUGCUAGAUUUGGAAUCGUUCCGGCUUAUGAUGGGGACACGGACGAGUUUGAAGAAAUUGUUGGAUCUCGCGAAGAUCAUCGGUGCAAUGCCUAAUAAGGACGAUAAAAAAAUAAUUACGCUGAAGAUUCCCUUACCAGAACCAGUGCCUGUUGUAAAAAACAAUAGAAAGAAAAAUACAAAAAAACAGUGAAAUCCAAUCAGUGACAUUAUUCUGAUAUUUUUCGCCAAUGCUGAUGCUGAUGAGAACAAUAUAUAAAAUAUGAUUAUGAUAAGAAGCAUGUUAUGUUCUAUAAAAUGUUAAUAUUGUAAAAUACAUAAUUACAUAUUUUACUUUGCUACA